UAGCUUGUAGAGGAGAAUUCCUGACUUCAGCUCAAUGUUGAAUGGUGACAUAUAAUAGCCUUCACAGAAACAUGACCUCAUAGGAAUAUAAGUUACACUUCAUAAGGAAGACAGUGUCCAUUUUUCAAGAGAAAGUUAUGCUGUAAUAGAUAACGUGUAUAAUCAUGUUUGGGAAUUAAAGCAUUGAAUUAAGAACGUAUUUGAAAAGUUUAUAAGAAGUCAUGGACGGUGAUUGUGGUGGUGAUGGAGGAUUUAGCAGUAGUGGAGAUGGAGGAUUUAGCAGCAGUGGCGAUACUGGGUUCAGCAACAGUGGUGAUGGAGGAAUUAGCAGUAAUGGCGAUGGGUGUUUCAGCAGCAGCGGUAGAGAUGGAUUGUUCGGGAGUAGCGGUGGUGCAGAUUAUAGCAAUGACUCCAAAUUUUAUUCUAUUGACCAAGGGGAAGACAAUCAUACUAAGUGGAAUCAAGGACCCUUCAUCACAUCAUGCGACGAACCUGAUAAAGCUUACAUUAUGGAAGAUGGAGAUAAUGAUAAAAGUCAUGGUUUAUCCAACAUUAUGUAUCAAACAUUGGCAGCUGCUUCGUUCACUAAAGACCCCUUACCUAAUGAGAAUGGAGAAGCACCAAUGAGCUUGUUACUUGAUGAUUCAGCAGAUCUUCAAGAACAGGCAGAUGGCGCUGGUCAUGGAAAUGGAAAUGGUUGUGCAGAUUUCUUCUAUUAUUAUUCACUAUGCUGCUGUACAAUAAUGUAAAACUCUUUAUCAUCAGCUUUAUUACUAUGUAAUUGUGAUAUGUGCUUCAAAAUUAUGGUGCUUUAAUCUAAGCUUUAGAAUAAGUGUCUUUCACAUCAUAUAUGUUAAGAUUAAAACAUAUUAUAAAUUGUAAGCUGAGCUUACUUAUUUUAAGAGAUAUUUUUGUGAUUAAAUAUAGUUUUAUAUUUUUGAAAUAAUAAAUACAUUAGUAUUAAAAUUUUUAAUAUGAUUAUGAAGAGAAAUAUUUUUAUGAGAUUAAGGAGAAAAUGAUUCCUGUAUUUUAUUUUAAAUUAUGUUUACUGAUAUUUUAUUUUAUGAAAAAAUUAGGUUUAAGAACAUCACAUUUUUAAACUAUUAACAUUAAUUACUAUCUUAUAGAAUUAAAACAUUUGGUUCCUGCAUUGUGUAGUUUUUCAUGUGCAGUCAACACUUCCUAACUUGUC